GAGUUACACCUGCCAGGCCUCUGGUGUAACUUUGUCCAAAAACAUGACAUGUGAACCCAACGAGCGCUGCCAGGUCAGGAAUAGCGUGAUGGGCUGCCACAUUCAGCACUGCUUUUUGGAUGCCAGUGGGACCCUCACUGAAUUUAAUGGUCAAAGUGGAGCUAUAACAGUUCCAGGAGCCUAUGAGAUUAUCCAGAGCUGUGACGUCUCCCCAACAGCAGACUGGUUCAGGGUGGUGGUGAAGUUGGAGAUGUGCACUCCUGGUAUCAACACAAUCAUGGCCGUGUACGUGUUCUUUAGCGAAGUGAUGGUCACAGUGGACAACAAACAUGACAUCUGGAUAGGUGGAAGACAGAUGACUCAAACCACUUUCUCCCAGAAUAAUGUAAAAGUGUCGGUUUCUGACAACACAGUGAGAAUUAAUAGCACUUCUAGCCUUCAGGUGUCCUUCAGUUCAGCUAAUAAACUUACCAUAAGUGCUAGUAACAAAGUAGCCGACAUGGUAUGUGGAGCAUGUGGGACAAUCAGACCCACAAAAAUACAAGAUCUGACAAAGGGACUGCAGGCCUCUCUUGGAGGGCAGAGGACUGCUGUUGCAUCUCUGAACACUGGGCAGUGGACGGCUCAUGAUUUCCCCCAGUGUGGUUCCUAAAUUUCAGUCCUGCCAGCUUUUAAGACAACUGCAUUGAUCAACAUCUUUCAGACUGACAGCAUCAUUGAUUCAUGAAAUUAUUUUUAUCUAUAUAAAGAAACCCACUUGCAUGUAAAUCCCACUUCUUGCUACAUGUUAAAUGUCAAAAAUCUGAAAAAUGUUUGUCUUGUCAAACAUCUGUAACAAAACAGUUUUUAGCUUAACUGAUAAUUUGCUUGGGAACAUAUACCAACACAUAAACCACUCGAGAUAAUAAUGAUAUGCAUUUUAAUGUGUACUCAAUAAACAA